GCAAGCAUUCACGGCUUCGUGUCGCAGCAUCUGCAUGAAACGACCAGAGCUAGGACCCAAUAUUAAUUGUUUCCACGUCAAAGAUACGUAUUUUCAUGGAAAUUAAAAAUCCAGUUUCCUAUUUUAAAAAUCAUUUUGUAGUUCUCUUGCUCUCUGGAUCUUCUGAAUAUUUAGGGAAAUUAAAUUUCAAAAGCUUUAUGGAUAUAAUUCAAUUACCAACAACAAAAAUAUCGUUUGACGGACAACAACAACAACAGUUAAUUUGCAAUUGUUGUAUGGAUUCGGUGAAGAAGAAGAUGAUGAAAAUUACUACUAAAAGCAACAUUAAUAAUAAUAAUAAUGAUUAUGAUUCGAUUAGGAUGAAGUUGGAUAGCACAAGCAAGAAAGAAGAAGAUGAUGAGCACUGCAAGUGUUUAGUGAAGAUGAUGAUGAGAGAAGCAAGACCAUACUUGGAUGCACACAGGAGUUCUACUUUCGUAAUUUUGAUUUCUGCCUCUAUUGCUCACUCCCAACUUCUACUCCAACCCAUCCUCCAGGCUUAUAACCAGUACAGCCAUCAUAUGGAGAUGGUCUGUGCCAGGCUUUGUGCUGGGCUUUACCCUAAUGUCGUUCAAUGUAAAAGAAGAGGAAAGCGGAUGGUAUUUUACACCAAAGAAGUUGGGCAAGUGGACAUUCAUCCUGCUUCUGUAAAUGCUGGGGUUCAUCUGUUCCGUCUGCCAUAUCUGGUUUAUAGUGAGAAGGUGAAGACAACUAGCAUAUUCGUUCGUGAUUCGACCAAUAUAUCCGAUUAUGCUCUUCUUCUGUUUGGUGGUAGUCUUAUUCCUAGUAAAUCUGGAGAAGGCAUUGAGAUGCUUGGAGGUUACCUUCAUUUCUCUGCGUCAAAAAGUGUGUUGGAAUUAAUAAAGAACUUGCGAACGGAGCUCGAUAAACUUUUAAGCAGGAAGAUUAAAGAACCAAGCCUAGAUAUUACUGCCGAGGGCAAGGGUGUGGUUGCUGCUGUAGUCGAGUUCAAUGGAGAGAACCCUAGAGGAAGGAGUGUUGACGGCAUACUGAUGGCAGUUGCCAUUAAUGGUAUUCUGUGCUAACGGACGUAAACUCAAUGGUAUAUGAUGAAUUAAAACAUUUCAUGUGGUAUAUGGUGAAUUUCGAAGAAACUCAGUGGUAUAUCAUGAAAUAUCCGUAUUAAAUAUUAUAUCACUGCAAGAUAUGUUCAUCUAAAUAAUUCAUACCAAAUUUAACAUCAAGCUAUUCCUUAAUAUAUAAGAUUUUUGGAUUCCUAUUAUUUCUUUAAAAGUUAAAGCAUUUAUGAAGGCUAAUUUGAACGAGUUGUGGUUG